UAACACCGAGGGAGCAGGAGCGGUGCGGUGGGGAGGGGUAACACCGAGGGAGAACCACUGCGCGGGGUGGGUUGGUCCUGCGCUCCGCAUAUACGGGCACCCGGUUUGGAAGGGGCCGGGCGUGACGAGUACUGCCUGGUGGGCUUGAUCCUGGCUCUGGACAAGAUGCCCGGCUCCCCUUGGAGAGGGAGCAUGCGGUCGCGGCGGACACAUUGGGGAGAUUUCUGUGAAUGGUGUCCCCCCGCCCCCCGCGGUACUAACGGUAUUGUAAUUAUAGACGGAUGCAGUUUGCAAUUUGUCUUCGAAUUCUCUGCAGUCCGCCAUGUCUCCUUGCCUCUCCACGGUUGCAGUGCAAUUUCAGCGUCUUUCUGAACAUCCAAGCUCAGAGCUGGACUCAACCCACCACAGAUGGAUGGUUGCACAGGAGGUCUUCAAAAGACCACUGUGUGAGUUCUUGGUGCAUCUGUCCUCCAGUCCGGUCCAUCUUCAGAGGGAAGGGCAGUGAAGAAAAGGUGCAAUCGCUGCGGGACAUAGCAAGUCUCAUUCUGAGCGCGAGGUGCAGUAAGAUCGUGGUGAUGUCUGGUGCAGGGAUCAGUACGCCCAGUGGAAUCCCCGAUUUCAGGUCACCGGGCAGUGGGCUAUAUGAUAAUUUACAACAGUACGACGUGCCCUAUCCCGAGGCCAUCUUUGACGUUGGUUACUUUGCCCACAACCCAGAGCCAUUCUUUGCUGUGGCAAGGCAGCUGUACCCUGGGCACUAUAAACCUAACUACACCCACUACUUCGUCAGGCUGCUGCACCAGAAGGGACUGUUGCUGCGAAUGUACACACAGAACAUCGACGGCCUCGAACGGAGGGCUGGGAUUCCACUAGAGAAGCUUGUGGAAGCUCACGGGACAUUUUCCACGGCAACCUGUACCAUCUGCCGAGGGGGUUUCACUUGGGAGCAGCUCCAGGGGGACGUAAUGGAGGGAAAGGUUCCUCACUGUUCCUCCUGUUCUGGGGUCAUCAAACCCGACAUCGUGUUUUUUGGGGAACAGCUUCCACGGAAGUUCUACCAAUAUCUCAUCGACUUUCCACUCGCUGACCUGCUGAUCAUUCUUGGAACUUCACUUGAGGUGGAGCCGUUCGCAAGUCUGUCUGAGAUGGUGAGGAAUUCUGUUCCACGGAUCCUCAUUAACCAAGAUUUGGUUGGCUCCCUCACUCGGAACCCACUGCGGUCAAAGGAUGUGGUGGAACUGGGGGACGUGAUUCGGGGUGUGAAGAGACUCUCAGACCUGUUGGGAUGGACUGACCAAGUUAACCAACUGCUCAGCGGAGAACAAAGCGAGAUGUAACUUCCCAACUCCCUCCUGUAGUGUGAUUCUCCCUCAGUACCACUCUUUUUUUGAAAUAAAUAUACUAAACUUUA